AUGUUGAAAGGAAGCAAUCUCCUGGCUGGUCUCUACCACCAAAUGGAGGCGGCUGCAGCAGACGAGAGGAUCAGGAAGAUACUGCAGAAGAGGCCGCAAGCCAGGGGAAAAGCAGACAUACAGGAGCUGAUCGAAAGGACAGAAGAUGUUCCCUUGUUGUGCCACAGCGGGCCUGCAAUGCACACCGACCUCUGCCAUGUGCUGAAGGCCAAGGUGCUUCGGGACUCAGAGGCUCUGAAGUUGAGACCGGGCAAUGGAGGGGAAGCUUUCUACCUGCGAUGCACAACAGCAGCUGAUGACAUCCAUCAGUUUUCACAGGUUGUCUCUGGAAAAUUGAGGAUGUCAUGCCUGGACAGAGGUCCUUUGGAGACUGAAUUGGGAGAGCCAAGGAGGGCGAAGGGGAGCUCCAAGAACAAGGAAGGCUUCGAGGGGUGGAGUGACUGA